UCGAGGUUUUAGAUUAUUUGGAAAUUUGGUACAUACUACCCUUUCUUUAUAUUUGACUGUUCGUAAUAAGUCUAUUCUAAUGAAUGAGCCACGUUUAUAUGGCUACGAUGGCGGUGGCCAGGCGCCACCAACGCCGGCCGGGUCUUCAGCCGCGGCGCCGUAUAAAUUUUCGCCUGAUGAAUUGCGAGUCCUGAAGGAGUGCAACAACGAAAGUUUCUUUCAACGGUCACUACCAUUAGGUACUUUACUCGGUUUGGGUGCUUUCUUCGGCGUUCAAAAUGGUCACUUUAAGCCAAACCCGCGGUUUGGUGCAUUCCCGAAAGUGACUCUGGCAGUGAUUAUGGGCUACUUUUUGGGCAAGUUGUCAUAUCAGCAAGCAUGCGCUGAGAAACUCAUGGCUCUUCCAGGCAGUUACAUCGGUCAACUCCUCCGUGAAAGGAAAGAAGGCAAAUUUGACGGCUUGUCGCGGCCGCAGGCGCCGACCACGAUGUUCGGCGCGUCGCCAGGCGAUAUCUACUCGGAUGCUGGUCCUGGCAGCUCCCUUGACCUGGACACUGACCGCCCACUCUUCACCGAAGAUGUCUUUAUGCCCAACUCUGAUCUCAGUGUGAAGCCGUCGGAUCAGCAGGAGUCCGCGCCGCGCUCGGCGCUGUCGUACGACGAGCUGCGGCGCCGCAACCGCGGACAGUACAACGAUACGCGCCAGGAGCCCUACAAGCUAGAGCCGAGCACGGCGCCGGUGGUGACGCGCGCUCCCCCCGCGCCCUCCGCCCCGACCAACAAGUACGGGGACGCCAUGGAGUGACGUCACACCGCACACGCCCGCACACUCGCGCUCCUCUUAGAUGCUUAAGAACAAUACUACCCGCAAUAUUACCGCAAUUAUUUUGAAUUCGUUUUAUUGUUGAAAUAAAGUAUUUUACUAGUUUGUAGUAAUUUUA